UUGGCGAAGUUCUCGCGUGACAAGCAUGCAGAGUAAUAUUGUUGGCGACGAUUCUUUACUAUGUGUCUGUUUUUGCCAUCAGUGACCUAACAUGGACUUCGGGGCAAACGUCAACAAUGAAAAGUCCCCACUUCUUCACUCUGGAUCCUCAAAACCGAUACAUUCGGCGUUUUCGAGAAGUCUGUCCCAAGAGGAAGCGAUUCUUGGGCUCAGCAGGUCGAGAGAAUUGUCCGAAAAAUACAGGUUGUAUCGGAGAAGAUGGUAUAUGCUGCUUGUGCUGUUUGUCCUAAAUGUCUCUAAUGCAUUGAUAUGGUUGAGCUUUGCUCCAGUGGCUGAUCUCACUGCUAAAUAUUAUAAAAGAUCUCUUGAUGACAUAAACUGGCUUUCCAUUGUUUACCUGCUUUCUUAUUUAUUGUUUGGCUUGGUAGCAGUUUGGAUUCUUGAUGUCCUUGGAUUAAGGACUGGGAUUCUUUUAGGUGCCUGGUUGAAUGCUGUUGGUGCAGCUGUGAGGAUGCUUAGUGGAUUUGAUUUUGUUCCCCAAGAUACCAAAUUCAUUGCAGUAAUGGGAGGUCAGACCCUUGCUGCCCUAGCCCAACCAUUUCUUCUUAGUUCCCCUACUAAGCUGGCUGCUUUGUGGUUUGGAGCAGAUGAAAGGGCCACAGCGAACAUGAUAGCAUCACUAAGUAAUCCUGUGGGUGUUAUGGCAGCUAAUGCACUGGCUCCAGUGAUUGUCAAUAAGAAUUCAGAUAUCCCUUUCAUGCUGGAAAUGUUCUCAAUUCCUGCCUUUCUUGGUGUUGUCAUGGCAACUUUUGGAGUUUGCAGUAGCAUCCCUCCUACCCCACCCACAGCAUCAGCAGAAUCAAAAUCAGAGCCUUUCUUUGUUGGCCUAAAGAAGGUGCUACAGAACAAGCCUUACCUUGUGUUGAUGGUGACAUUUGGUAGUGGGAUAGGCCUUUUUACAUGCCUUCAAACACUUCUGGAGCAAAUAAUCUGCCCACAAGGAUAUAGUGAUGACUUGGCUGGCAUAGCAGGUGCUGUCUUGAUAGCAACUGGGCUUGUUGGAGGUGGACUGGCAGGUGUCUAUGUUGACAAGACCAAGAAGUUUCAAGAAACGGCUAAAAUUUCAUAUGGAUUAGCAGCCAUAUCCUGCUGCUUGCUCGCAAUAGUAACUCAGUUUCCAGGCUACCCUACUCUUGUUGUAGCUACCUGUGGUUUGUUUGGCUUUUUUGCAUUUGCUCUCAUGCCUGUUUGCUUGGAAGUUGGAGUGGAAUGUACCUACCCUGUGGCUGAGGCGACGAGUGCAGGACUACAGUGGAUGGCAGGACAAGCUACUGGAGUGGUCUUCAUAUUAGGUUGCCAAGCAUUAGAGGUUCGUAAGCAUUUUGAGUCUGCAAAGUGCCAGGACAUCUCAGAUGAUGGCAAAGUCCCAGAUCUUCAAUAUGCCAUGUAUUUCAUGAUGGCAGCUGCUGUUGCCAUGGCAUUUCUCAUAAUCUGUGCAUUCCAUCCUCCGUACAAGCGCCUGGACAUGGAGAGGAGAAAAGCAGCACAAAGAAUUCUACAAGGAAGUGCUCACCAGAGACUGCCAGCUAUACCCAGUCCAUCUGAUUCAGACCAUACACAUUCGCCAGAGGGAUAAACUCCUUUGCAUGUCACUGGAGAAUUAUAAAUUCAUAGUGAAUUCAGUUCUUAUGCUAUGAUUAUGCAGUUGCUUGACCUAAGGUAGAUUUCAGGCCAAGUCGCGACUCACGCCGUAGGCAGAGAUUAAAGUUAAAGAGAUUUAAACGCUUUUACAAGAUUACUACAUAUAGAGGUAGUCCUUUUAGGCCAGUAAGGCGUUUUAGUCAAUGAAAAAAUCCCAGAGAACUUGAGUCAAAUGUGUUCUCAAAAAAGCGACGAUUACAUAAAUUUAAUUUAAAAGAAGAUUGUUAGAAUGUCGUUUGUUUUGGAAUGGAACCGAGAAUGGAAUUGAAGUGAACUAGGUGACUCAUGAAGUUAUGGGUCAGUUAUACAUUUUUUCCAAAAUUAAAUUACAUGUAUUGUUAACCGUU